AUGGUCUUCCAAUCUCACCCUGAUGCGCACAUGGUUGACGCAGCAGACAUCGAUGCGGACAUGAACGACGACUCGAAGACCAUCACUCACUCCGCUGACGCAUCAAUCAACCUGGAGGAUGCGGUUGCGAGGCUGGAGCGGUCUAUCCUUGUUGGGUACCGCAUCUGCGACGGAUGCCUCCGCGACAACCCUCAGGCGCACCUCCCCGCUGGCGGCAGUGCACCUCCCCCCGCCUAA